AAUAGGGAGGAGCUAUUACUUUGAAGAAUUCUGGGAAAGUCAUUACAAUUUCCUGAACGUAAAGAUGUAAAUACUCUUCUAAUCUACAGUCACAAUGAUGCGUUUCAUGCUGCUUUUCAGCCGUCAAGGCAAAUUGAGGCUCCAGAAGUGGUAUACUACGUUGCUUGAUAAAGAGAAGAAAAAGAUUACUCGGGAACUUAUUCAAAUUGUGCUGUCUCGACAGCACAGAAUGUGUAGUUUUGUUGAAUGGCGGGAUCUCAAAAUUAUUUAUAAAAGAUUUGCUAGUUUAUAUUUCUGUUGUGCAAUAGAGGAACAAGACAAUGAGCUUCUGACCCUAGAAAUCAUCCAUCGCUAUGUGGAACUUCUGGAUAAGUAUUUCGGAAAUGUUUGUGAACUGGACAUUAUCUUUAAUUUUGAGAAGGCCUAUUUCAUACUGGAUGAAUUUUUAAUUGGAGGAGAAUUGCAGGACACCUCAAAACAAAGUAUACCAAAGGCGAUAGAAGAAGCUGAUAUGCUUCAAGAGACCAUGGAAGAAUAUAUGGCUAAACCAACAUUUUAACUUGGCAUUGAAGAACUGGAAGGCAAACCACAUGCAUAAAGCUACAGAGUCUUAAAAUUUAGAUAUUUACAUUUGUUGCUGCAUCACAUUGUAGAAGAACAUCACCCAAAAUGCAGCUAGUGCUGUGCAAUAUUGAGGCAUAGUGUGUUUUUCAUGUUUUGAUAUGUAGAGAUCUUAAUGUAUUCUUCAUUCUAAGCUUUCCUUUGGUUAGCAGGAGAUUUUUCUACCUUUUUAUUAAAUGCAAUCCUUCUUGAAGGAGAUUAUAUUGUAUUUCUUCUAUUGUCAUUCAAAAUAUUCUAUUUUAUAAAAAGUAAUCAAUCUGCCAAAUAUGCUUCUCAUCAUUAAUAAAGCGUUAGUCCCGAAGUUCACGUUGUACUAAAUUCAGAUAGGAGAUGGAGGUUGUCAGUCAAUCUAAUGGCUGUGCAUUGUGGAAAAUUAAUGAAACUGUGAUAAGCUUUUAUCUUUCUGAUAAUUUUUUUCAAGCUGGAAGAAUGUUACUAUAAAAUAUUUGAAAUAGUUUGAAGCUGUAAAACUUAAAAGCAUUUGACACACUGUACAAGCUCAGACAAUCAUACCAUACAAAGGGGAAACUGUAUUUUCACCAGGGAUGACUUUGAACGUGAGUUCCAACUGCUGUUUCAGAUGGAUGAUCCAUAUCAAUAUUCAAAGGAAGGCAAGGAAAUGUGCUUCAGUCAAUGUUAGCUAACAUUGAUAGCAAAUGUUAGCAAACCAAUUCAUUUGAUGGUUUACAUCAUUGUACAGUUGAAAUUAUUUACAUACAAAUGCAGCUGAAUACAACAUCUACUAUGUUGACCCCUUCUGAACCCCUGAAAUCCGUUGGAGAUUGUGGUUUGAAGCAUGAACCUCUGUGAAGUUCUUGGCAGGUAACUUUGUCCAUUGUUGAGUGUGGGAACAGAUAAUUAAGGACAACGAUUGUCAUCUUUUAAGCGCAUGGACAUAGCAUGACUAUAUAUCAUCCGUGCAAAGUAUAGAAUUAGGUUAUCGGUCACCUGGAAACUACAUAAGCCCAAUGCAAAGAAAAUCUUCUCUGACUUAUUUAUUAUUAAUCUUCUUUUGAUUAGCAAGGUUACAAUGUGCUUAGUUGCAACCUGUGGGUUUUCGGUAACAUUGUGUCUUCUACAAGCUGUCUCUGUAGCUUUGUGACAUUCAGCUAAUAAUUGUUAUUGAUUUCUUAACUUUAUAAAGUUUAUUUUUUUUUCCCUGAUGAAUACCAAAGUGUCAUUUUUUGAUUUUUCCUUUAGCAAUUCACCUCUGAAAGAACAACCAAUUAUAUGCAUUUUUGUACAAUCUGUCAAGAAUUUGCAACAGGGUGGCGAAAGAUUUGCUUUAAGUUACAAAAGUGUAGGAUUUUCAGCAAUAAUCCAGAGAAGUGCAUUUAAGGUCAAAUUUUUAAGAAGAGGCUAUGAAAAAUUUUAGCAGUAAGUUGUAAAUAAUGUGCCUUAAUGUUUGAAUAGAAAUAUAAAAAAUCAGAUUUGAGAUUUAAUGGCCAGAGCUAAUGCAGUGAGUCAUUUAUAACCACAGUAAUUUUCCAUCCAUUGUACCUUUACAAUACCUCAAUGUACAAAUUAUUGAAAAGCUUAUUUAUUAGACACAACAAAUUUGUUGUAGCACUGUGUUUUGAACCUGAAUGUCUGUCUCUUGUGUCUGUGGGAUUUCCUUGCUCAGGAGCCUAUACUAAAUCCAAUGUAUUGUUUACUGCUAAAAGGCUCUUUCUCUUAUUCAAAUAUUUAGUUCUUUUUUCUCUAAACGUUGCAACGAUUACUGCUGCAGCUAUCCCAUGUGGUCGCGCAUCACUGUCUGAAGAAAUUUGUAUCAACCUUUCUCCACACUAUCUUAGACAGAAUGGUAAAUUCUAGAUCAAUGAAUCUUCAAACAGAGGAAAUAAUAUUGCCCUAUUUGCAACUGCAAAUGUUCAUCUAUUAUAAUUUAUAUCCAAUUCUCUUCUAGCUCAGUGAAAAUUGUGCCACUAUCUCUGAUCUCUAUGUAUAACUAUUGUUUCUUAUCUCUCGUCUUUCUGGUAUAUCUGUGCUAUAACAAAAUGGGCACUGAUGGUAACAACUGAUUCCAAACUAGAUAAAAGUAUCAUUUGAUAUAGUGGUGUACAUUUAUCACCAUGGACUGAAGGGUUCAUAGUCUCAAUGCAACACUACAUUCUUGAACUGUUAAGGAUGGACAAUAAUGUUGGCCUUGUCAAUAAAGCUUGUACCAUGUGAACAAAGUUUUAAAAAUAAAAUUGCAUCCAAAGUAAUUGAAAAGAAAUGCAAACAGCAUUUGCACCAGCAAGCAACAAUUUUUAAAAAGUUUAAUUUUGUAUUUGAAUGUGUCGCAUUAUGUGCCUACAAGGCAAGAAUUACUGCUUUGGGUGAAAUAUAGACAACCUUUAUACAUCGCUACAGAUAUCACCAGAACAAAAUGCACAACUGCCAAUGGCUUUCAUUUGUUCAGCUGUAUAAGCAUUGAAUUAGUUCAAAUAAACAUUGC